CUUUUGUCUACAGACUGAUUUUUGUGCUCCCCGUAAGGCAAGAAUGUCAGUUAGAACUGAUAAAUGAAGAAGCUGUCAUGACGAACCAUGACCUCCCGCAUACUGCCGAUUGCCAAAUAUGGUUUCCGAUUCAAAAUAGCGGACAUGGUCUAGUUAUAGAACUCACGCGUCUCAACGUGCCUUGCUCUAGGGGUUUUGUUCAUUUUUCUGGUUUGAACAUGACCCAACAUCCCUACAUCGAGAAUACAUUAGUUCAUUUAAAGAGCCACAAGCAGACCCAACUAUGCGGCAAACUAGAGGAACUGCCUGAAGCCGAUCGUUAUAUAUAUUUUCCAGCAUCGACGAUGGUAUCCUCAUCAUCCUGGGAUCAAACUAGACCCGCCAUGCACGUGCAUGGUAGCCCGGUCUUUUCCAUCUACUAUCACUUAGUGGAUUAUUGUUAUAACGUUACCUUUCUAACCAGAAACGGUUCGUUUGAGUUGAAGCCACAAGUGGAGUUGCAAUGUACUUUUAGAAUACAUCUACCGUAUGGUAACAGAGUGGCUUUGAAGUUGUGGAUUGGGGAUAGUGAAGGCACAGAAUCCCUCGAGACCAGUCUCGACUUUCAGGACUUUAAGAACGACCAGGAGCAGUGCGAAGGUCUACUGAUUCAACUCCAAGACGGCGCGUCGUUUUGGGCGCACUGUACGAAACCGGGGGACGUCCAGAGGCAGAUAGAGAUCGUCUCCAAGGAAAACAAAUUGGUCUUGAAAGUUAGAAUAAGGACAGCAUCCAAGGAAGACGCUCUGGGACUUCGGAUGGUCUACCACGCCAAUCCGAUGGAGAGCAUAGUAGGAAUGUGCGAUUUCGGAUGGGUGAUACUCCAACAAUUUUGCGUGGGCGUCUUGGAGGGCGUGAAAUUACCGUGGGCGCAAGCUGAGAUGGAAUGCCACCGCCAAGGAGGGCAUUUGGUCAGCAUCAGAAGCGACAGGGACCAUCACAUCAUCGACAAUCUACUUAUUAACAGCCCUGGCUAUCGUGACCACAAUGCUUACUGGAUCGGGGCCUCGGAUAAGACACACGAAGGAGACUUCAAAUGGUCCGACGAAUUCCCAUUUUCUUAUACAAAUUGGUUUCCAGGAUGGGCGCAGCACAACUACUACAAUAAACAGCCGAACGAUGAUGGUCUCAGCGAUCAGGAUUGCGUCGAAAUUAGAAGAUUCUAUCCUCUUCCCGCUUCUAAUGCUCGACUGGCUAGCACGUUCAUGUGGAAUGACAGAGACUGUUCGACACCCAAUUACUUUAUUUGCGAACGAUUGCAAAUUGACGAACGAGUGGACGAUCGUUGGUUGCCGAAUUGUAAUAGAACAAUUAUACUAUCCAGGGAUCAACCAAGAGCUUCAGUUUCCAGUCCGGGCUUUCCGCGCCAAUAUCCAGAUAACGCAAAUUGUGAUAUAGAUAUAGCAGCGUCUCCUGGAUAUAAGAUUAUUUUAGAUUUCGAAGAAUUAGUGCUAGAAAACGAACCAUCAUGCAGUUACGACUACCUCCAAAUCCUGGAAAUGCCCUGGAACGAAUCCGCCUCGCCUCCAACGCCGGAUCCAGCGCAAAGUCAACGACUGUGCGGCGAUUGGAGCUCCAAACUGAAACUGUUGCGAUACGUCAGUCGCUCCUCCAAGCUCAAAUUAAGAUUCAACUCUGAUUAUUCGCACCAUUUCGGUGGAUUUAAAAUCCGCGUCUCCAUCGAAAACGCCUUCCAAUGUGCCGACGAUCGUUUUUUCAUGUUCAACAAUUCGUGCUAUCUCAUCGUCAGUUAUCCGGAGGUAACGUGGAAUACUUCGCAACAGAUUUGUCAAGGGAUGAAAUCCAAUCUGGCAUCGGUAUUGAGCAUUGAUGAAGAGAGAUUCGUUACGACCAGCAUUCGAAAGGCGCCUGAAUAUCGGACCAGCGCGAUUUAUUGGUUAGGAGCUACAGCUACACGUUCCAACAACUUCUCGUGGAUAGACGGUUCGCCGAUGGCGUAUCAAUCAUGGAUUCCCGGUUUAGCUCCCACAGACAAUGACGUUCUCAAACAUGUCGAGGAAAUAACUUGUUUGAGCUUGCAAUGGACGCCGACGCCGGAGUUAAACUUACAGAGCGGUCUGUAUUGGAAGGUUCAUCGAUGCGAAGCCGUAGGCGGCUACGUCUGCAAAAAACAACACCAAAUGAUGAACCUCGGAGUCAACUACAACCAAACGAUCAACGGUACCGAAGGCUCGCUAACAUCCCCAAACUACCCCAAUAAUUACUACCACAACUUGGACUACUUCAUACGGAUCACGGGUCCAGAAAAAACCAGAAUCAUCGUUAAAUUCAUCAACAUUCACAUCGAAUCCCAGUUGGAAUGCCUCUACGAUUACAUCCAAUUAAAAUCGGUCUAUAAAAAUGGCAACGUCGCUUUGAACGAUAUGAUAAUGCUGUGUGGGAAUCACGAAAGGGAUAUGGACAGGUUUAAUUUCGUUUCAGAAACUAACGAAGUGGAAAUAAAAUUCCAUUCUGAUUACUCGAUAUCUGAUAAAGGAUUUUCUUUAAUUUGGUAUGCUGUGGAUGUAUCAGCGUGUCCAAUGCAGACCCUAACGGCUAAAGAAGGCAUUUUGAUUACUCCUAAUUAUCCAGAAUUCUUAUUAGCCCAUCUAGAUUGCACUAUAACUAUUCUAGCACCGAGUGGUAAGAGGAUUUGGUUGGAAUUUUUUCCCGAAGAAGGUAGUUUGGUGGAUAUCCAGAGCCAAUCUGAAGAUUUUUUUGUUGAAAUUAAGCUAGGCAAACGAGCUGCUGUACAUAAAACUUUUGAGACUGAAAAUUUGUUAACAGAAGGCAGCUACGUGUCAGUCGAUGAGAAAAUGAAGCUGCAAAUACAUACAGGUGAUCACCCUUUGGGUCCAGGCUUUAGAGCAGCCUACAGAAUAACCAGCGUUGUUAAAGAAGAUAAAAUUAUAACUCUAGGAAACCACACAUCAGGAUUAUUGCUCCAUCUAAAUUACCCAGAUCAACCACCUUCAAACGUUGAUUUCCUACAAUACUUCAUCGCCCCAUUGGGUAACAACAUUCUCCUGGAGCUGUACAACAUGAAGAUAGCCGAUAUCGACUGCUCAGAUCAAUCCAGCUUCAUAGAAAUAUCAGACAGUUAUUCGGAUAUCAACGGAACCACUUGGAAAUUGUGUUUCGAUAGAGAUGCGCAGGAUUCCCUAGCACCUUCAGCUCCGAUAUAUAUUUCUUCGUAUUUGAACAGUUUGCAUGUGAGACAGUUGCAUGGAGUCGAUGGGAUACUUUUCAAUGGGACGCUUAAAGUUCAAUUCGACGCGAACUAUAGGGUCAAGUUGAAGAAUUACAAGGAUAAGAAGGUUGAGUCGUGCUUGCCGAAUCCGUGUCAAAAUGGUGGGAAAUGUAUUGUUAGGAAUUCGACAAAGUACUGUCAGUGUGUCGGAUAUUAUACAGGUCUUUUCUGCGCUCUAACGAAAUGCGAAUUAGAACCGUGCGCUUUUGGAACUUGCGAACUAACGGAAUCGAGUUACAAAUGCCAUUGCAAAGCGGGAUACGUCGGUGUCAUGUGCGAUCAGAAACGUAAGCCUUGCGAGGGCAAUCCGUGCGAGAGCAGAGGAAUUUGCAUCGAAAAGGGGGAUAAUUUUCAAUGCCAGUGUCACGCGUGGUGGGAAGGACAAAGGUGUGAAAAGAGGAUGCUACAUAUCCCUUACAAACCUCUGAGUGAAAGGAUGCUCCACGAACCAUUCUGGUUGGGUUUGAUGACGGUUUUCGUAGUGAUGGGAGUGAUUGGCUUAGUUUGGUGCGCAAAAAGGCAUUUUCCUGAAAAAAUUGAAAAGCUUCUCGCAGAGGAAGACAGCAGGAACAGAACAGUAUCAGCGCUGCGCAGUUCAUCAGUCCGGGAACAGCUGGCCGCAGCUUCGGCGGCAGGAGCGGCGACCACACCGAGCCAGGCAUCAGGACCGUCUUCGCGCUCGAUUUUCGGCCGACUGGGUAUUCGAAAGCCGUCAAUUCUGAGCCUGACCAGCCCACACGCGAGCGCCAGCGGCUACGAGGUCGCCACCGGCCGCACUUUUAGUUUGGACGAUUUAUUAAAACCCCCGAGACGAACACCUUCGCCCAAAAAGAAACGAAACAACUCCACGCCAACGAAAAAGACCAUCGCCGACAAAAGGCAAAUACUCCAACAGCUAGUAUCCCCCAAACCAAACUCCAAAAAAGUUAGUUUGGGCGAACUGAUCCAACUCAGCGAAUUAAAACCAGACGACGAAACUAAAUCGAAUCAAACCACUUCCAAAACCAAUUUUAUCGAAAACGCAGCCCAAACGGCUUUGAUAGAUCCGAAGCUGGAGAAAAAAGUAACGUUCGCUAGACUGUUAAACAAAGUGUCCGCGGAGAUGAGCAGCGGUAGCGAAGUGGAACUUGGAAUCAUGCAAACCAACAGGUUAGGUUGUAUGUUCGCCAGGCCCGCCAGCACCCCACCUUCACCGAGCGUGGACACCAGAUCUCCAAACAGCAUGUCUAGCAAUCAAGGUAGUGAUUCGUUCACUAGCUCUGAUCUAGCUAUUCCCAGUGCUUUGAGUACAAGUAUUUCAGAUUUGCUGAUCAACAGGAGACACAACAGACUACCCAACGGCCGACAGAAACCUGCUAGCGCCGAAUCCAUACUAGCGAUGUUCAGGAAUUUCUCUUCGACUUCUUCAGCUGCCUACUGCCCGUCUUCGCUGAGGAUCACGCCGUCUACAACUCCGACUGCUUCGAGCCCUCAAGACGAUAUGGUAGGGGACGAUGAUUCAUCGACUUCUUCGAUUCAUACACCCGUAUCGUUCUCUAGCAGUAUCUUAGAGAGCCCGAUUAUGCAGCAGCAGAGCACCAUAGAGGUGCCGGUGCUUGAUGCUAUGAACGCACAUAAAUCAUACGCAGGUGGUAGCAAUUUGCUGCAUCCGCCGACUAUUUUGCUGGAAAUACCGAGCACAAUCAAUAAGUGCCUUUCGCCUAUUAGAGAAAUGCCUACGCCUCUUCCUUCUCCCAUGCCUUCGCCCGCUUUGACGCCUAUGUUUAGUAGGCGUAGUAAUCCGUCUUCUUCUAUGGAUGAUGCUGAGCUGAGUGACGAUCGGAUAUCGGUGGAGAUUCCUAAUAUUUCUACUAGUACCGAUAUAGAUGACGAAGAGAUUCACUGUUCUGAUAUAGCUAUUGACUUACAGGCUGAGGACGGGCUUAUACUGGAGGAAGCUGCAGCUUUACAGCAUUCUUUGUAUAGAUCUAAGACUCGACCUCCACCUAUCGGCCAAUCUCAAGAACGAAGCAAACCCGCCAUCACUAUCACCAUCGACCCCCCGCCUCUCGUCAUUCCAACCUUAAUAGUACAAACUCCUUCACCGACAUUCCCCAAAGCCUCCUGUCACAAUUUCCCGGGCUCUCCACCGCCUCACAGAGCCUCCAUACCAAACACCUCCUAUUUCCAAUUCCCUUCACCGAAACAAUCGCGAAAAAUGCUCAAAGACUUCGAUAAACCGACAUCUUUAGAUCUACCGUGCACUCCUCCAAUGAUAACCAUCACUUGCAAUAUGAGCGAGAUUGAAUCUGAUGCAGAAUCAAUAUCGCCAGCGAUAAAAUCUUCGGGAGGGUUGCAGAGCAAUACGUCUGGAAUGACUUAUUUGAGCCCGUUUUCGAUAACUUCGCAAGGAGAGCAUACUGCAUCAGAAAGUAAUUUAAGCAGCUCUGGUUAUAGUUCGAUGGCAAGUCCAGGACCGUCGCGUUGUAGUUCAAACAACCCGUUAUGUCCUUCUGAAAUGGACGAUCAAGGACCAGGUGGUUUUCACAGAAGACAAUCGUUGACUCCUGUGUUAAAACCGAAUGCUAGUAAUGCUGGUAGCAUACAGCAAGGCAGAAACGAGCAACGUCGCGGUAGAUCCGAUUCAGAAACGCUGUCAGAUGAUCCUCUGGUCGAAUCAAAUGACGAAGGCAUCGGUACUGAUCACAUAGACGAAAAAAUUGAUGAAGGGGAGUUGAAAAGCGCUAAAGAACUGGAAGUUUUUAUGGUAAACGAAGGGGAUUUUUGUAAAUUGGUUGAUAUACCAAUAACCCCACCGGUUGCUGCACAUUCCUUUACUCUAGAGGAAACCGUUGAUCGAUUACUACCACCGGUGUCGUCUUGUAGCAAAAAUUCGCUACAACUGCCUUCGAUUAUAGUACAAUGCGAAUCACCUGGCUGCGAAAAACAUCUCAGUCCAAUGAGUUCCAGGAGUGAAAGUCCUUUGAGCGACCGUACUCUCGGAUUGGGCAGGUUCUCCCCGCAGUUUUACGGAAAGCAUAAAGAUUUACUUCCUUUUACUGAUUCGGAUGGUUUAUACGAUUUUCCUAGUUCAGAUAAAGUUAACAUAACUUCUUGUACGCACCAUAAGAAGCCAGGGAGGAAAAGAGAAAAGAAACUUUUACGUAAUUGCAAAACUCCUAGUCCUACUAAAAAUACGCAUCCUUCUCUAUUUAGUUACUUAGAUAUACCGAAUAAGGAUAUGUAUAAAAUGCCGCCUCCUAGAAAAUUAAGUCCUAAACGUAGAAUAAACCGCUCUCAAGUAGUUAGUUCUUCUUCGAGUUCCGAUAGCAUCACUUCGACGACCAAGGAAGUGAGGUUGUCUUCGUCUAGUCCCAGUCCGGACACCAUCAGGUGGUCAUCGCCGGUGGCGUGGUUGGGUGAGAAGUAUACCAAGUCCGGAAAGCAAUUGUAUCAGGAAAUACAAUCUACCGAAUCUUUUCCUUUGGCCCAGUCGCCGGAUUUUUCCAAAGUUCCAUACGGCAGCCAUCAAAAGUUCAGUCGAUUGCGAGCAAUCAGUCAUCAAAUAAGGUUUUUAAGAAGACUGGAACAGAGUUUGAAGAAACGCGAACGAACCGUAAGCCCUUCAGAUAGCUUCGAUAGCGAAGACGAUUCCCCCAGAGCUACGUCUCCUCUUCUGCAACCCGUAAAAAGUGCGAAACCUGAAAUACGUAAAAGCAGCAGCAUCGGAAAAUUACAAGGCGUGACUAGCGAGAAAAGAAGAGGAAAAUACAACAAAUCUGAUCUGUCUGUACCUACAGAACAGGCAUCAAUGAAAAUAGUUCUAACAGAAUGAAGUAGCCAGAAGGGUGGUCUAAUAUUUAAUACCAAAUGAAGAUAUUGCGGGGAAAAAAUGUAUUAAAACAACAGGAAACGUUUCAUUAUUUCGUUCCUUUUUAAAACUGAUGCUUAAAUAAAUUUUAAGAUCAAAUAUUUUAGAUAUAUAAAAAUUUUUAUUAUUUUCUGUUAACUUUUGGACAACCUGUAGCUUUGGUAACAAAUUCAUAAUGUAAAAUAAGAAGGUACAAAUAAUAUAUUUUCUUAAAACCCCCAUAGUAUGUAAUAUUACGAAAAGCGGAGAUCAUUGAGUCAUUCUCAAGUCAUCAUAGAAAAAUUCAAAGUCAACUUUGACAAAGUCUACAGUCGUCUUGGCAUCAAAUUUGUUCUAAAAGGUGGGAUACCACAUCAUUUAGGCCUUACUAUGACCAUCAUGCAUACAGAAGCUGUAUAUCAGCUCGCCAAUGUCCUGAAAGAAAAUAGCAUCCUUCAGAAGUGUUAAAAUUUUAAAUGACUUUAAGUGCGCUUUUAUUACUAUAAAAUGACACAUACAUUUGCAAUACUUUAUUGAACGUUUUCCUUUGGGUGGUUUAAUUGUGCUUCUUUUUGUUCGUUGUAUUGUUCUUUGGUUGUGUUUUGAGGUGACACUUCAGGAGAUUCUCGCAUUUUUCGUUAUUUCUUCGAUAUUUAUUUUGCUUCUUCGUACUAUCCGAACUGUUUCUUUAUUGACUAUUUCUUCUUCUGAGUCUGUUUCGAUAUGCUGUUGUUGUUUUUGCAUACCUAACAUCAUUUCCAUUUGUUGUAUUCUUAAUUGCAUUUCCUGCAAUUCUUUAGUCAACCACUGAAUAGCUGAUUCUUUCUUUGAGAGUAUAUCUCUAUAUUUUUGCGUCAUCGCAAACUGUUUUUGCCAUUCUAGUUUGAUUCUUCUGUAUCAUGGUUUUUUGCGCUUCAGAAAAUUCGGUUUCGUUGAUUUUCUCCACACAUUUUAAAAUUAUUUUUAUUGGUACACUUUUAAACUUUAACUUUAGCAAUCAUACGCGAUUGAUCUUGACCUAGAUUCCGAGCCGUCUUUUGAAAUAGUCAACUGCACUCUCAGAGAGUCGAACGAAUACUAAGAUAUUUAUGAUCACAAAUGGAAUUUAACUUUUAUGAUAUUACUUUAAACCUAACUUAGGACCACUUUAAAGAAACUGUUCUGAUGUGGCCCUGAACAUACCGUAAAAUGGGGUGACUUGAAACAAUUUUGACUUAUUUAGAGCUGUAAUUUAAGGAUUUUAAGAAAUUAGGCAACAAAAAAAAUUGUCAGCUAAACUUUGGAUCAUAAAGAACAAAUUCGAGACAUUGCUAGAAGGGUUACCCCCACCAUAAAUUAUAAAAAAAAUAAAUAAGCGUUGUUUCAAGUCAUCCCAAAGUUAGGGUGACUUGAAACAUUCAUAUAUUUCGAUUAUAGUUUCAAUUCUGCUAGACUUGGGAUGACUUGAAACAAUAAAAUAAAUAGUUUAAACACUUCCAAAUUGCUACCAACAUCCACAAUAUUUUUUAAACAAAGUUGCACAACUUAAAAAUCUUUAUUCAAUUAACAGAACAUAACAAAAAAAACUAAACUUAUUUUCUUCUAAUAAUAAAAGUUUUAUGACUUACAAAAUACAGAAC